CGCCGCUAGUUUAACGUCACGGCUCUUCUUGCUGAUCCUGCCCACUCCAGUUUUAAACCAGCGGUUCCAGGGUUCUUCCGGCCUCUCUCUGUCCCCCACCCCGAGGCUGGGAAAGCCUGAAGCCAAGACAGAGAGAGGACCCGGAAGUUGUGGUGACCUCCAAGCACGUGAUGAGGGCACCGCUGGUGCUGUCACGUGACCCGCCAACCUGCGGUACCUCGGGGCCGGACUUGCAGCUGCUCUUAAAGACCUUCACCCGCCCGGUCGGAGCCAAUUCUGGACGCUCGCUCACUUUGAAUCUUUCGCGGGACCUGAACUUGAUGCCAUGGGAGGCUGUGCGGGCUCGCGGCGGCGCCUUUUGGAUUCCGAGGGGGAGGAGACCACCCCGGAACCUCUGCCCCCUCUGCUGGACCGUCGGGGCGCCCUUUGGAGGAACAUGAUGGGUUUCUGGCUCCUGGGCCUUUGCAACAACUUCUCUUAUGUGGUGAUGCUCAGUGCGGCCCAUGACAUCCUUAGCCACCAGAGGGCAUCUGGGAACCAGAGCCAUGUGGACCCAGACCCACCGCCCACCCCCCACAAUAGCUCAUCUCGAUUUGACUGCAAUUCUGUCUCCACGGCUGCCGUGCUCCUGGCAGAUAUCCUCCCCACCCUCGUCAUCAAAUUGCUGGCUCCUCUUGGUCUGCAUCUGCUACCCUACAGCCCCCGGGUUCUCGUCAGUGGGAUUUGUGCCGCUGGGAGCUUCAUCCUGGUUGCCUUUUCUCAUUCAGUGGGGACCAGCCUAUGUGGUGUGGUCUUGGCUAGCAUCUCGUCAGGUCUGGGGGAGGUCACCUUCCUCUCGCUCACUGCCUUCUACCCCAGGGCUGUGAUCUCCUGGUGGUCCUCAGGGACUGGGGGAGCAGGGCUGCUGGGAGCAUUGUCCUACCUGGGCCUCACCCAGGCUGGCCUCUCCCCGCAGCACACCCUGCUGUCCAUGCUGGGUAUCCCUGCCCUGCUGCUGGCCAGCUAUUUCUUUUUGCUCACAUCUCCCGAGCCCCAGGACCCUGGAGGGGAGGAAGAGGCAGAGACAUCAGUGCGACAGCCCCUGAUUGGCAGUGAGGCCGCAGAGUUGAAGCCAGACUCCAGCUCAAGACUCUCCCUUCAGGAAAGGUGGACUGUGUUCAAGGGCCUGCUGCGGUACAUCGUCCCCUUGGUCCUGGUUUACUUUGCGGAGUAUUUCAUCAAUCAGGGGCUUUUUGAGCUUCUGUUCUUCCGGAACACGUCCCUGAGUCACGCUCAGCAGUAUCGCUGGUACCAAAUGCUCUACCAGGCUGGCGUCUUUGUUUCCCGCUCUUCUCUCCGCUGCUGUCGCAUCCGUUUCACGUGGGUCCUGGCCCUGCUGCAGUGCUUCAACCUGGCCUUCCUGCUGGUGGACGUGUGGUUGAGCUUCCUUCCCAGCAUCUACCUCAUCUUCCUGAUCAUUCUGUAUGAGGGGCUCCUCGGAGGUGCUGCCUACGUGAACACCUUCCACAACAUCGCCCUGGAGACAAGUGAUGAGCACCGGGAAUUUGCCAUGGCAGCCGCCUGUAUCUCCGACACUUUGGGAAUCUCCCUGUCAGGGCUCCUGGCCCUGCCUCUGCACGACUUCCUUUGUCACCUGUCUUGACGCUCUGGCUUCUUGGGACAUGGGACACACUAAUCCGGGCCUGCAGUGACAGGCAGGCAAGUCAGACUGCAGGCCCACAGCCUGAGCGAGCUCUGGCCCAGGCUUCCCUGAGCGGCGGGGGUGCAGAGAAGUGCUGAGGUCCUGUUCCCCUUCGAGCAAGCCAGCAGUUUUCGCCCACUCCCAGGCUGGCCUUGGGGAGUUUCUUCAUGGCGUUACGUCCUCAGAAUAAAUGCC